AAAUUCCUUGUUCAUCGUUUAGUGUAUAUUUCAAAGAUUCGAUCUCCUCAGGUGGACAGAUCAUCACUUGGAAACUACUAUGACCAGCUGAUGAAGAAGCUUCAAGCUGAUUAUCCCAGCAGUGAGCCCAUUUCUGGUCUGAUGCUGAUUUUCCUCAAGCACAUAGCUCAUGUUGUUGAGACAUCAUCAGACAUGAUCUUGCGGAUUGUGAAAGAUCUGUGGAAGAUGGAACAGGAAGAAAAUUCUUACAUCUCAAAAUCCAAGAUCUUGAUUGUGUCUCAUGAUAUAUCCUUCCUUCGGCUGUACAGCUACUGGUCGUUCCGAACUUUAGAUAUCAUAGAACAUGGCAUUGAAGCCUAUGAUACAAAUGAGACCUUUGAGAAUGUCAUAGUCGACUUCCUGACACAGGUGCUGAAACUUGGAGUCUACUUGUACAAGCAGCCGAAGCUAAGUCUCCGAGGUGUAAUGGAUUCCUUACAUGAGAAGGUGCCAGAUUGUUUACCACAACAAUCCAUUGUACAUUACCUUCUGGAAGAAUCAGACAGCAGCAUGAUUACCCCUGAGGAGUUUAUCAACAUAUAUGAAAAACCAUUUGAUACAUCACUUGAGAGUGAUAUGGUAUGGCCUGUUACAACUCACCUGUUCCCUUACAGCUAA